AUGUUUCAGAUCGAAAACAAUGAUUCAUCAUCACUUGCUGGUCAAGGGAGUAAAGAAGGUAACGCGAAACGGCAAAAUGAGGGCUUGUCAAAUGGCGAUGGAGGUCCAGAGAAUUCCUUGGACGGGACAAACGACUAUUUUGCCAUUCCGACAAGAGGCAUGUUUUCUCUUCGGAAAAGGAAUUCAAUGAAGAAAACCCCUGAAGAACUGGCGAUUCGUAUGGUCAUCAUUGAACAGACUUUGCAAACAAGGCGAAAUGCAAUAUGCAAGGAAAUAGAACGAAAAAUGUAUAUUCAAGGGGCAUGUUUAGAAAAGCACCGUCACAAUUUGCAAAUCACCCAUGAACUGAUGUCUCGUGGUCUGUUAUGGCCAUGAACACUAAAGUUAAUUUACAAGAUGCAAUGUAUUUGAGGUAAUUUUUACCUAUGAUUUCAUAAAAUUUUAGAGACAGGUACAGAGAUCACCACUAUAAGUUUUUACGCAACACAAGGAGUUAGUUAG